GUCCCCCAAGUGCGCAGACUCAUGUGUAAGCGCCGCUGCACCACACCCCCAGCAAGAAGGCAGUCAGCAGAAUCUGUAGCUAUACCAGCAUCGAGCCAAAAGAGAGGAGGGUGGAGUGAAAUAACUACACCGUACAGUGAAAUACAUUACUGGAGAAGGAGGGUGGAGUGACAGAGCUACCGUACAGUGAAAUACAUUACCGGAGAAGAGCGAGAAAGAGAGUGAGCGUGAAAGAGAAAGAGAGCGGCUAAGCAAAAACAGAGAAUACCCCUUGGCUAAAAAGGGAAAUAAAAGGGAACCAGGAAAGGUGGAAACGUAAAGGCAGAUUUGAAUUUUGGCCCCUGCUGUGUUUCCCCUGGAAAGGUUAAACUAGACCCCUCUGCAAAACCUUGCCUUGCCUUGCUAUCCUGAUCUAUAAAUGGAGCUGGAGAACAUCGUUGCUAAUACAGUCUUGUUAAAAGCGAGAGAAGAUCCCAAUUUGAUUGGGUUGUGGAUCUUGUGGUUCUUUGCUGAUUUAGGUGGAGGAGGGAAACGAAAAGGCAAGAGUAAAAAGUGGAAGGAGAUCCUGAAGUUUCCUCAUAUAAACCUGUGUGAAGAACAGAGAAGAACGAUAGAGAGAGACUACUACAGUACCUGUGAGAAACAGCCCAUCGGUCGGCUUCUAUUCCGGCAGUUCUGUGAAACACGGCCUGAGUUUGAUUGCUGCAUUACAUUUAAAGACGCAGUGAUAGAAUAUGAAGUCACUCCAGACGAGAAGCUGGCAGAAAACGGAAAGGAAAUUAUCCGUAAAUACCUCACCCCAGAGUCCCCAGAUUUCAUAUCUGAAAUCGAUGAAGACAUUGUCCGUCAAACGAAAGAAAAGUUUGAAAACAGUCCCUGCAAGGAGCUCUUCUGUCACUGUGUAAAAUCCGUCCAAGACUACCUGAGCGGAGAGCCGUUCCGAGAAUACCAGAACAGCAUGCACUUCGACAGGUUCCUGCAGUGGAAGUGGCUAGAAAGGCAACCGGUAACAAAGAACACAUUUAGACAAUACAGAGUACUAGGAAAAGGAGGCUUUGGCGAGGUGUGUGCAUGCCAGGUACGAGCCACAGGAAAGAUGUACGCGUGUAAAAGGUUAGAGAAGAAGCGAAUAAAGAAGCGGAAAGGAGAAGCCAUGGCGCUAAACGAGAAACAGAUCCUAGAGAAAGUCAACAGUAGAUUUGUAGUUAAUUUAGCCUAUUCCUAUGAAACAAAGGAUGCACUGUGUCUAGUCUUGACCAUAAUGAACGGAGGUGACUUGAAGUUCCACAUCUAUAGCAUGGGGAAUCCUGGCUUCGAGGAGGACCGCGCCCUGUUCUAUUCUGCAGAGAUCCUGUGCGGCCUUGAAGAUCUCCACCGAGAAUGUAUUGUUUACAGGGAUUUGAAACCAGAAAACAUCUUGUUGGACGAUGAUGGCCACAUUAGGAUAUCUGAUCUGGGGCUGGCUAUCAAAAUCCCAGCUGGAGAAACGAUUCGGGGACGUGUCGGGACAGUGGGCUACAUGGCUCCUGAAGUGCUGAACAACCAGCGUUACACCACGUGCCCUGAUUACUGGGGCCUGGGCUGCCUGAUCUACGAGAUGAUCGCGGGCCAGUCUCCAUUCCGGGGGCGCAAGGAGAAGGUGAAGCGGGAUGAGGUGGACAAGAGGGUCCUGGAGUCAGAGGAGGUCUACUCAGACAAGUUCUCAGAGGAGGCCAAGUCUGUCUGUAAAGCGUUGCUAACCAAAGACCCCAAGGAGAGACUGGGGUGUAAAGGAGAGUCUGCCUUAGAAGUAAAGCGACAUCCCUUUUUUAAGUCUAUUGAUUUUAAACGAUUAGAAGCUGGAAUCUUGCAGCCCCCUUUUGUGCCUGAUCCCCGAGCUGUGUACUGUAAGGAUGUGCUGGAUAUUGAACAGUUCUCCACUGUGAAGGGAGUCAACCUGGACCAAACAGACGACGACUUCUAUUCUAAGUUUUCCACAGGGUGUGUGUCGAUUCCUUGGCAGAAUGAGAUGAUCGAAACAGAAUGUUUUAAAGAACUCAACAUGUUCGGACCAAACGGAACCCUCUCCCCAGACCUCGAUAGGAGCUACACCCCCGAGCCCCCCAAGAGAGGACUGCUGCAUCGGCUCUUCAACCGGCAGCACCAUCACAACAAUACGAACAGCCCUUCAAAUUCCAAGGCCCAUCCGAACCACCACUUGAAUUCCAAUCACGUGACUUCGAACUCCACAGGAAGUAGCUAGUGGCCGGCCUGGUCUUUGUCCUGCCCAUUGAUUGUAUCCUUCCAAUAUUUCUAAUACGAUUUGACACGAGCGGGUAAAACCAACGAGAGGAAACAGGGGUGAAAUCCUGGUGAGGUGUGCAACGCCACACACAAAAUGACGCUUUUCAUUCAUUCCAGAGCAACAGACGGAGCCUCUUUAACGAAGACGCUUCAGUUCCACUCAGGUCUAUAUGUGCACGCGCAAGAUCUAGGAAUCAACCUUAAGUCUCCUAAAAAAAAAUUAAAAAAAACAUUGCAAUAGAAAUUUAAGAAAACGAAAAUCAACAUGAAAUUGCACGAAUUUAAGAAACACAGCAUUGUACUAAAACUGAAUUUUGUCUUUUAUUAUUAUUAUUAUUAUUAUUAUUAUUAUUAUUAUUAUUAUUAUUAUUGUUAUUAUUUUAUCAUUAUUAGGGAAAAUACGUUUUGUAAAUGCAUCUAUUAUUGUCUCGGUUUACAUUUUGUACAUUUGUAUUUAAAUGAAGGUUUGAAUUUGGGUUAUAAAUUUUGAGCAGAGCAGUCAAAAGCAUGGUCUGAGUGACUUGCAUCGGAACUAUCCAUAUGAAAUGUGACUUACAACUUCCAUGAAUAAUUAUAUUUGUAUGUUUUUUAUAUUAUUUUUUUUUUCUGUUCUGUUUGGCGGACUUCAGGUCCGAUUUGCUUGCCAUAUCAACUGUUUCUAUUUAUUUAAAGUUGUAAUGUUUUAGUUUUUCCCUUUGUAUUAUUGUUUCUGUAAUGUUUUCUACAGCUUUAAAGAUGUGCCAUUUUUAACUGUUUCACUCACCUUUUAAUGCCAAAGCUGCAAUUUGAUAUUCACUUUUGGAUGCACAGCCGUUGCCUUUCCAAUAGGAAACUAGCCCACAUUAAAAAAGAAUUUGCUAACACACUCAACUCCAUGAUCAGCGCUUGAGUACAAAUACCAGCAAGCCAGGCAGAUCGGAUGCUUCUACAGUAAAGAACAAGCAUGCAAGCGGAAGGCUUGUUUGAAAUACUUUCACUGUGUUUCUCACACAUGUGUGUGCGUAUCAGUCCUGAGGGAACUCAUUCGCUCGUAAAUCUCCCUCCAUGGGGAAGAUGAGUUCAUCCUGGAGAGAGAACAGCAGUGAUCCUGCUAAUAACUGAACUAGUGUGGAGUUUGUUUAUGAAAAAACCCUAGAUAAAGGCUUCAGUGUGACUGCCCUGUCUAAAACUGUCACAGUCUGAAGGCUAUAGAGGCAUUCAGAGUACAGAAGUAACUCCUUCAUGUGCUGAAUGCAUUUUCUUGCAUCUUUUACCCACUGUAUAAUUUGGUAGCACCUGUGUUAGCUACUUGAACUGCCCUCAACAGUACUGCUAUGUUAUUUUUCCAAUACUAUGACACUGUCUUAAAUCGCCACAAAGCUGCAGUUGGUAACUAAUUCCACACUUAACGUACCUCUGUUUUAACUUUGUUUUAUACCAGGUUACAAAAUGUACAGAUUUGUGUACAAUGGAUAGCUGCCUACGUUAGUCCAGUGACAUUACCAUUUCAAGGACAUUCUUUUAUAUAUGAGAAUUGUACAAGUAAGUGUCUAUUUGAAACAAUAAAAUAAGUCUAGAAGACCUUUUUAACAGCCAAGCGAUUCUGAAACUUGCAAGAGCUGCAUUCUAAGUUGAUUUCCUGGGCCUCUCCAUGUUUUACUAGUCAAACAGGUUUGUCUGUGGAUACCCCUGGCCAGCCCUGUUCUGUUUGUGGUACUUAUUUCCAUCUCCACACUAAAUUCCAUCAACAACAUUAGAACCAUCGAAACAAGCGCUAAAAAACACCAAGAGUACCAACAAAUAUGAUAAAAGCAUCAAACCAUUUUUGUUCACACUAUUUAUGGCAUUUUGUUGAGGUGCUGUCCAUGGCUCAUUUACCAACAGAAAAGUGGUAACUGGGGUUAGUCCAGGGUUAGUUACUGUGCACUCUCCAGGUGUCAGAGUGCACAGUAAACCUGCCUCCAGGUGGCAGAGUGCACCAUUCACCCCCGACUCCUGCACAGUCUCCUACCUUCAAAGACAGGGUCAUCUGUAUAGUUAAGAGGGUCGGAAAUAUAACAGGUAUUUUAACUGAUAUAUUCACUUUGCAUAUCAUUUUCUGUUGUCAUCACAUCCUGGUGGGUUUUUACAAGUUUGCAGAGCUCCUGUGAUAUGAAUCGUGUUCUCAGAAUAAUGUCUGUACAGCUGGUGUACCAGAUAUGCUUAGUGAUUAGACAUGUUUGAAAGCGAAAGUCUCCAGGCUGUGCUAUACAAAGUGAAUCUCAACCAGAAGAUUAUUUUUGUUAAGAUACCUUUAGUAUUUCAUAUCUGUUACAAGUUGCUCUUUAACUUAUACAAUAGCUUUUAUCACAUGUAUGAGGAUAUGUGAUAACAGCUGUUAUAUAUUAAACUACUCACUGUCUGAUACAUCCAAGAUAUAGGGAGACUAUGAAGUAUGUAUGGCAUAGAAGCAAAUGGGUACAGCAGAGCCAGCAUGGGAGGAAGUGAAGUAUUGUACCAGAGGACGCACACAUGUCCAUAGGGGGCGCUGCUAACACAUCACAUGCUCAGACUGGUAAAAAAAAUAAUAUCUAGAACACUCCUGGCUGGUCUCACAGACCCAGAUUAGUACCUAAUUUUCAGUGUCUCAUAUAAAUUUUAUAUAGUGCUGAUCAGGAUCUGUAAAGGCUUAUAGUAGUGCUGAUCACUAGGUAUGAAACCAGCCUUCUGAUGAAGUCCUUGACUGAUACCACCACCUUCUUGUCAUGCUGUAAAGGAGUCUGCAAUCUGUGUGUUAACAGUGGUGACCCUGGAACAGUAUUGAUAUGUACUACUUGGUCACUGCUAGUGAAUGGGUUUACACAAAAUGUCAUUGUUUUUGUUAACAAAAUAUUAGAAUUUGUUUAGGUGAAAAUCUGUUAAAAAUCACUUUCUGAAAUGAUGGGGAAGGCUGGUCAGGUUCCAAUGACUGGCAGCUGUAGCAGCGUAAGAGGAAUGGGUUUCAGCUUUAGGAGACACGUUUGGAAGAGUUCUUGGUAAGCCACUUAUGAUUUCCAGGCUUGUUGCCCAUACUACUACUAGUACUACUACUAAUAAUAAUAAUAAUAAUAAUAAUAAUAAUAAUAAUAAUAAUAAUGUGUUCUUGAUUUUCUAAAUAUUUGACUCCAAACUGUAAAUUAUUUAUAUUUAUUUCACCUUAAAGUUGCAAAACUCGGAAAACUGCAGCAGAUGUGUUACUCAAAAACAUCUCUAUGUACAGUACUACAAAGCAGGCCAGGAUUGCAGCUUUAAAACAAGUGCAGAUUUCUAUCAGGAAGGACUAGCCUGUACUAUACCUGUAUCCCAAUACUGUCUCAAUACCAGCACAUCUAUGGUUGGUUAUAACCAAGUUAUUUAAAACGUCCCAAUGUCAGAUACUGUAUACAGAACACUGUAUGUAGUUCAUUGGUGAUUCCAAUCUCCAUAUACAUUGUCAAGUGUGAACAAGCAUGUUGUUUAAAGUAUGCAACAUCGCUAGCUUUAACUUUCAGUGCUGUUAUAAUGUAUUGUGUCUUCCAGCAUGCCUUAUGUUGUUAUCAAAAUAAAGUUGGUAGCAGUUUAUAAUCGUCAAAGAAUGCAGGCGAAGGCACAGUACAGGAACACCUGCCUGUUUGUGAUCUACAUGCUAACAGUGAUCUUGUGAGGUAUAGUGAUUACGUUAGACAGAAUACCGGUCUAAAGUUGUUCUAGUUAACACAAUCAUUUUAUAAAUCGCACCUGCUGUCAGUCUUCCACUUCUUUGGGCAACUGGAGAUUGAAAUUGACAGGCAAGGAAGUGAAACCGAUUUCCUGAGAGUAAGGCAUGGGAACAGAGAACUGCCUUUAUCCUAGUGUAGGACCAGGUAUCAUGUUUUGAAAUGGAAGGACGUGUUUGCUACAACAUGUGUUUCUUUCAAAACUGCACAUUUGAGACCUGUGUAGCUAAAUGGAAAAGUAACACAGGUCCGAUUUAUGGAAUUAUUUUGUUCGCUACAAUCACUUUGAAAGAUGGUUUUUCGAGUGAUGGACAUUCAUUUCUUCAAGAGUCUGCUUCAGAAAACAUUCAUUUCAGUUUGAAAUGCCUACAAUCAAAACCAUGGCAUUGUUCUGUACCUAUUUGUAAUAAUUCUGGAUUUGAUUGAAAACAUAAACAAAAGUUCUGAAAAGCUACUGUUCCUAACAUCUUGUCAGUAAUACGUAGCUGUUCGGUUAGGUCCUGUCCCUCUGUUAUUGUGUUUGGUUGUCGAACAUUCUGAUAGUACAAUGUGAAGUGGCAGAUUUCACCAUGGAACACUAGGGGCGUAGCAGUCUGUUUGCUGUUGCAGUGAAAAGGUUAAACAUUUACCCUUGAGGUAAGAUUAGAAGAAAAGUCAAGUUUCUUAUAGUUUUAACUCACUAUUUAGUCUUAGGAAAAGCAAUUAAUAAAUGCACACCUGACAAUCACUAGACAGUCCAAUGUGUGUGUGUGUGUAUAUAUAUAUAUAUAUAUAUAUAUAUAUAUA